CAGUGCUACCCAAUGAAUGAAUUCAUAAUGCAAAGAUGUCAAUUCUUUCUUGCACUAACAGGAGAUCUUCGUAACCUAUUCGAUGCCCAUUAAUGUAACAGUGAUGCAGUACCAGCCACCGCCGACAACAACACCCCACUCCGACGUGGUUCCAGCAGUCGUGUCGGUCCUUGUCAUUGUUGUUUUAGGCCUCCUGAUCGGACUAGUGAUUUACAAACGGAGACGAUUUCUUCAAGCCAAAGAGCACUCAGACGUUGGUGUGAAAGAACAGGAGACAUGCAUUCAUCUAGAAAAAAAAGUGUCUGCCGAGGUCUCAGAACAACCUGAAGAAUAUUCUAAUGAUCACAUCAAUGUCAAGGCCGUGGAUCACAGUUGUGACGGAACGUCCGAAAAACAGCCUAAACCCUCGCCCAAGCCACGACAAGAAGCCAGCUCACCUCAAGCAACUCCUUCCCCAGAGGAACCCAAGCCGUUCACUCCAGUGCCAUCUGUUCGCAUCGAGGACCUGGCGGACUACAUUGACAUGAAAAAGUUGGCAGGUGAAAAUGGAUUUAAGGCUGAUUACAAGACUCUACCAAAUCUACAGCUGAAUCCAUGGACAGUUGCUUCCAAGCCAGAGAACAAACAAAAGAAUCGCUAUCUCAACAUCUUUGCUUAUGACCACUCUCGUAUUGUGUUACAACCCUUGGAGGACGAUCCUCACUCAGAUUAUAUCAACGCUUGCUACAUCGAUGGUUUCCAAGAGGAAAACAAGUACAUAGCAUGCCAAGGGCCGAAUAAAGCGUCACUUCGAGACAUAUGGAGAAUGGUGUGGCAGUUGGACGUGGAUAAAAUUAUCAUGCUGACGAAUCCGGUGGAGAACGGCAAGACAAAGUGCAUGCAGUAUUGGGAUGAUACUGGACCUGUUACCUACGCGGACAUGAUUGUGACUACUGUCAAAGAGGAGGUCUUCCUGGAUUACACACUUCGCGAUUUCUACAUCCAUCAGAUUGGCAGUGAGGAUCAUAGUAGGUUAGUGAGACAGUAUCACUACACCACCUGGCCCGAUAUGAAGCCACCGGAAUACCCAACCCCACUACUGAACUUCAUGCGCGUUGUCAACGCUGAACAAACCCCUGGACGCACCGUCAUACACUGCAGCGCUGGAGUUGGGCGCACAGGGACCUACAUUGCACUGGAUGCGAUGUUGGAGCAAAUGGCGCACGAGGGACAAGUGGACGUUCUUGGCUUCAUCUACCAAAUGAGGCAGAAACGCAUCAAGAUGGUGCAGACGUCGGAACAAUACAAGUUUAUCUUCGAUGCUCUCCUUGCAUCAUUUCUGACUGGUGACACGGUCUACAAUGCCGAUGUCUUCAGACAGAAGCUGUCAGCGCUAAAGAAGUCAGAGGGAGGCGCCAAGGAAACAGGAAUGGCGAGACAGUUUGAGAUCUUGGGUAAACUAAGUGUGUCUCCGAGCGUUGACAGCAGAAAGCCCAAAGCUGCAAUAACGCCCGAGAACUUGGACAAGAACAGGUUCCAAGACUUGGUACCAACUGACCGUGCCAGACCCUUUCUGAGGUUGAAGAUGCAUGGGGAUGAUAAUGAUUACAUCAAUGCCAACUUCCUCCCCGGUUACCGCAAGGCAAAUGUGUACAUUGGAACGCAGAUGCCGAUGCUCAACACUGUAGCCGAUUUCUGGCGCCUGGUUUACGACCACAAGGCCACCACCAUAGUCAUGCUAAACACCCUUGAUCCAAAUGACAAAACAAUGUCUUGCUACUGGCCACAAGAAGGACGAAUUGAGUACGGACCUCUUGUCAUUGAGCUGAAUGAAACAACAAAGUAUAAAAGCAUCACAAAGCGCUCCUUUACUCUGUACAACAAAACGUCUAACCUGGAGUUUGAAGACUCGUGGGUCGUCACGCAGUUCCAGUAUCACGACUGGCCGUCUGACAAGGCAAUACCAAGCUCCUUCGAUGGAAUGCUAACCCUCUUGGAACUCAGCACCCAACCAUGUGAAAGAACAAACGCGCCAGUCAUUGUCCACUGCAUCGACGGAUAUGGUGCUACGUCUGUAUACUGUGCCCUGAUGGCGCUGUUGGAUCAGUUCAAGUUCGAGAAGGCUGUAAACGUGUUCCAAGCAGCUCAUCGUCUGCGCAUGGUCAGUAUCAACAUGAUGUACUCAGAGCACCACUUUGCAAUGUGCUAUGAUGUACUGCAAGACUAUUUGGACUGCUUGGCUAGCACCUAUGAAAAUUGCAUAUGGUAAAUGUGGGUUGGAAAGUCGUCCACAGUCUGAAAGGAACCGUUUAUUCCGUACUUAGAUGCAAAUCUAAGGCUGCCAAUUGACAGAAGUAUCAGGGAUGGUAUGGUCACCCUUUCAGCGAAGAAAGCAAAGAAACAUUAUUUGUUAAAAUUCUUACUUGAAAGAGACGGGAACUUUGACAAAAUUAUUUUUAGGUGAUGUAAAUUUCAAUGUUCACUUUACUCUCCACCAAUGUAUUACGGCUUGUGAGGAGCUUGCAGGCUCGAGUCUCAAGCAAAAUUUCUGUUUUUUUUCCCUUUCUAAGAAUGCUCUGACACUCAGUGCGUUUCAGAUUCUCAUGAUUAAAUGCAAAUUCAUUUACUGCGAUAAAAAAUCUGCAGACGCUAGAAAUUGAAGACUUCAACACAUAUUGAAAAUACAACUAAGUCGAGUAGGUGCAACCAGCUGAAGGGAAUUGAAGAGUGGAUUACUGAAAUGAACUUCUCUCACAGAAGUAGUUGUCAUCCUCGUAUGUAAUUCUACUUUUUUAUUGCUAAUAAUGGUGAAACCUGACGUUUGUUUUCCCCGCAUUCAAACAUUCAGACCGUAACUCAACACUUUACAUCAAGAAAAUUGGGAGCUUUAAUGGCCUGACAUACACCUCUAUAAUUAUUUUCAAUAUUGAACUCACUCGUCUUUUAAAUGAUAAGUUUCUAUGAUGUAAGCCAGUAAAUGAAUCCCGAGAAACAUACAGAAAUAUUUACUCAGUUUCUUUGUGUGUUGCUUAAAUGUGGCCUUUCAUUAUUAUAAUGGUGUGAUAGUAUAAUCAAGCCAGCUGAGUGUGUAAAGUUUAGUUACUUGGGUAAAGAUGCUCCGUUGCAAAAUGGGAUACUCUACCUGUCCAGGUUCAGUUAAAUGUAAGCGCUAUAUGAAGACAAUGGUUGGAAGAGAGAAGAUUCAGAAAUGCCUCUCCAACACAGUAAACAGUCCUUCAAUGGCCCAUUUUUACCGUGUCGGUUUAGGGUUUAUAUUCAAUUUGGAGACAGAAUUUUGUUUCUGUGAAUAACCUUAAAAAACUCGACAACCAAAAAAUAUCUGCUCACUGUGCAGCUGCCUGGCUACUCUACUGGCUUUUGUGAGGUUAAAGCCCCUUGCAACAACUAAAAACCUCCUCUUACACCAAACAUUUAAAGUGGCUUGGUCAAGGUCAUUAAAAAAACAGGACGAUCUGAGGUGACAUCACUACUUCGUUGGUUUUAUACUCACGUGCGUGUUCCUGUACUUAAAAAGUGCUUACCAAGGCAAGUUACAAUUCAUUUCAAAAUCUAUUUUCGGCAGGACAGCCGGUCUCAACCGGAUAAGCCGGUCUAUAUAUCAGUAUUAAAAACAAAUCUGUGUUUUUUUCGAGGAGGGAUUUCAUGCGUGUAACCUGCUUACUUUCAAUCCUUAUUGUCGUAUUAGUUUAUAGAGUAAGAAUUCUAGAAAACUCUACUAAAAUGGCUUUAUACAGAUACAAUUCUUACUCAGCGUGUUAACAUGAAAUAUUCUACUCAGCGACGUGUUUAAAAGACCAUACUUGAAAUCUCGUAUAUUUCAAAACCAUGCUUUUGACUAAUUUCUGUUAGAAUUGAUAUAGGAUCUGAUAUAGUAUUGAUAUAGGAUCUGCCUAUAGUCCAGAUUGUGUUUGUUUGCAAAAGCUAUAUUCAAGAUAUCAUCGCUUUAUGAAAAUGUCUUUUCAAAGAAAUGUACUGCUUUUACUUAUUUAAAUCUGAAGGUGUAUAUUAUACUUGACACAAAUGUAAUCGCUAUCACAUGUGAUAAAUCGAGAGGUGUUCGUUAUUCAUAAAGACAUAAUUUAAAAUCCUAACUUAAGGGGCAAAAAUAUAAACACAACGAGGUGUUCGUUCUUAAAAUAGAUUUAUGGUAAAUAAAUUACUCAGCAAA